GAAGAGGAAAGAAAAGGUGUGGCUGAGCAUGAAGAAUGACUGCAAUCACUGCAUAGUUACAGUUCAGCAGUUGCAGUACACAGCAGCAAUGAAUUUUUGUAGAUUUGCCAUCUUUGAAGAAAUCCCUUCACUCUGUGAUUCAUUUAUAAACGUUUAGAAUAGAAAGCAAAGCGAUAAAUGUUUUAAAAGGCAAUACACCUCGCAUUACACGUGGUCUACUAUUAGGAUUACUUAAUUACAUUUACUGCGCAUGCUCACAAAUAUCUUCCUUCUCUCUCCAGGCUGAUACAAGAGGUGAAGAGGACAACUCAUUGUUGUAUCUCCUUCAAUCUUCAGUUACAGAGUGCAGCUGCUUGAUCGUUGGUAGGGCAAUUUAAAAUAUUUGCUCAUCCACACUCUGAGUGAUUAAGACAUUUAUAACAUCAGAAAAUGCCUCCUAAGUUUGAUCCAAACGAGAUAAUUACAGUUUAUUUGAGAGUGGUCGGUGGCGAAGUUGGUGCCACGUCAUCUCUAGCUCCUAAAAUCGGCCCUUUAGGAUUGUCUCCAAAGAAGAUAGGAGAUGACAUUGCUAAGGCGACCGGUGACUGGAAGGGUUUACGUAUCACCGUUAAACUAGUAGUACAGAACAGACAGGCCAAGAUUGAAGUGGUGCCCAGUGCAGCUGCCCUUAUUAUCAAAGCAUUGAAAGAACCACCACGUGAUAGGAAGAAAGUCAAGAACAUCAAGCACUCUGGUAAUAUCACAAUGGAGCAAGUAAUUGAGAUUGCCAAGACAAUGAGGCCUAGAUCAAUGUCAAGAUAUCUAUCAGGUACAGUACGGGAGAUAUUGGGUACCUGCCAGUCGGUGGGUUGUACUGUUGAUGGGUCUCAUCCUCAUGAUAAGAUUGAUGAGAUAAAGAGUGGAGCUAUCACUAUACCUGAAGAGUAAGAGAACAAAGACUAUAAAUAAUAAUAAAUGAUUUUGUUUAUUAUUGUUGAUAAUAAUUAUCAUUAUUUGACCGAAUUAUUACUACCAAAUAUUAA